AUGAAAGUUUUGUUGCUAGAUGCCGUGACGACGCAGGUUGUAUCGUCAGUAUAUUCACAAACGGAAAUACUCAAUCAACAAGUGUAUCUUGUUUCGCGGCUGGAUGAGACAGGAAGCCAUACAAACGGGUCUGCAUCUGUUUCGAAAAGUCAUCUCAAGGCCGUCGUUUUUUGCCGGCCUACACAAAACAAUGUGAAUUUGAUCGCUAAAGAACUCAGCCAACGCCCACGAUUUUUGGAGUACCACAUCUUUUUUUCGGGAAUUCUUCCCUCCGGACUCGUACGCGUGCUAGCUGAAAGCGAUAGAACCGAACGAGUUCGGCAGGUAAAAGAGAUUUACGCCGAUUUUUUACCCGUAAAUGAAGAUCUAACGAGUCUACAAUGUCGCAACACACUCGCUAUGACGGUCGCUGCCGGAACAUCCUGGGCACCGAAGUAUGCGGCACAAUACGAGCGCAACAUACAAGGACUCCAGUCCAUGCUGCUGGCUUUGAAACGACAGCCGAGUUGUAUCCGUUACGCGGGGCAUUCGGCAUGCGCCGAAGAGCUAGCGAAAGAUAUGCACGAUGCGAUUCAAGCUGAUGAAAUUUUCCACUUUCGAAGAAGUAAUGCUGGUGGUUUGCUGCUUUUAGUGUUGGAUCGUCGAGACGACCCUGUUACGCCACUGCUUAGCCAGUGGACUUAUCAGGCGAUGGUACAUGAGUUGUUGGGUCUCAACAAUCACCGUGUCAUUCUUCGCGGAGCUCCCAACGUAACCAAAGAUCUCGAGGAAGUAGUUUUAGCUGCAUCGCAGGACGAUUUUUUUCAUAGAAACCGCCAUAGCAAUUUUGGAGAACUGGGCGAAGCCAUUCAAAAACUUUUGAAGGAAUACCAAAGUCAGACGGCAAAUCAAAGCUCGGCAAGUCUCAAUACAAUUGAAGAUAUGCAGAAUUUUAUGGAUAAGUUUCCGGAACUGCGCUCUCGAUCACACAAUGUGUCGAAACACGUGGCCAUUAUGGGUGAACUAGCUCGCCUAGUCGAAGUUUGCUCGCUGAUGGAUGUGUCGCAGUUCGAACAAGAGUUGGCGUGUUCUGAUGAUCAUAAUACCCACUGGCGAGAGCUCAUGGACAAGUUAGGGAGCAAUGCGGUAAAAGUCCCGGACAAGCUGAGGUUGGGACUGCUCUAUGCCUUGCGCUACGAAACAUCAGCUAAUAUACACAUGGUACAGUCAGCGAUGGGUAAAGGCGGUGUACCGCAGGAUAUGGUGGAUCUUGUGAAUGUUAUGCUACGAUACGGUGGGGCAAAGUCAAGAGGACCAGGUUUAUUCGGAAACCACGAUUUAAUGAGCAAAAUGACCAAGAAUUUCAUGACAAGUGUACAAGGCGUCGAGAACGUGUAUGCGCAGCAUGUUCCUCUUAUCAUGGACACUGUCCAAACAGUUAUGAAGGGCAAGUUAGCGGCGAGGACUCAUCCUAUUGUCCCUGGGUCUUGUACAACUCGACUACAUGGUGAUACAGUCGUUCCAGAAGAAAUUAUUAUUUUUAUGGUGGGUGGUGUAACCUAUGAAGAAGGGACCAAGAUUGCCGAGUUCAACAUACAAAUGAAAGGACGUGUUCAUGUGAUUCUCGGAGGUAGCACGGUGCACAACAGCACCAGCUUUCUGGACGAACUCAGGUCCACAUCGCUAUAG